CCAGUUCCACCUUCGAGCUGGCAGCACGUACCCUCAGGUUGCUGAAGACUGCAAUUAAAACGAAAGGUAAGCGUUUGUUGGUUUUUGAAAGUGCGCGUUCGCUCGGAUUGAUAUUUGUAUAUCAAAUCGACUACUUGUACAGUAACUGAUUAAAGACCGGAGGAAGAAAAAAAAGAGACAUAAAAUGAAGCCACCUGUGAUUGCCAUUUGGAUGCUCGUGUCCUGGUGUUUGGGGACCGCAUCUUCAUCCAUCAUAAUAGAACAACCUCCAGUCGAUGACAUUUUCUCUUCCAUCUCCAAAAUGGAAGCUCUAGUCCACCACGAGAAUGCCAUCGUUGAUAUGCUCGAUUCCUUUCUGAUCGACGCCAAACAGCGAAUCGCCAUCAUUCAAAAUUACGUCACAGCUUAUCGACUAGUGAUGAGCGGAGACCUGAGCUCCUCGAAGCUGGUGGCUAAUCCCGUGGACGCUUACCAUUUGGUGAAACGUCUCACUAUAGAUUGGGAUGUCGUGGAAAGAGUCCUCGAAGCGGAAUCCAACUCCAGCCGAAGUGCCUUAAACCAUGUCUUGGUAUUACGCGAAACGUCCGUUUUUCCCAAUUCCGAGGAUUUACAUGGCGCAGCGAUCGCUCUCGUUCGCCUACAAGAUACUUAUCAACUAAACGUGACUGAACUAGCCGAUGGCCACUACAAUGGAGUCGAUCACUCCCGAGGACAAGUCUUUCAAAGCCGGCGAGACCUGAGCGGACGUGAUUGCCUUUUCUUGGCCCAACACGCCUUUGCCGACGGCUAUUACGACACUGCCCUACAAUGGGCUGAGGCUGCCUUAGGCCAAUUCGCACGCAAGGGUGAUAGUUACGGUUCAGAGCUGGAAAAUUUCCGCAAAGAGGUCAAACAUUUCGUCGAAUUUGCCAGUCGUGUGCAUGAUGAUGUCCUGGAACGACAAGGCCCUCGAGGCGUGAAUUGGCAAACCAACAGUCAUCCAGUCGAUAGACAGUUCCGUUCCGGCAAUAGUGAAAAGUACACCAGUCUAGCAGAGCAGCAGUUUACGCCCAAGCUAUACCAACACCAGACAGAGGAUGAAGAAAAUGAACACUACGAAAGACUCUGCCGAGGAGAAAAGCUUAGAUCGGCGAACAUUGAAGCCAGUUUACGAUGCCGCCUGGUGACUAGAGGCCAUCCAGCUCUAUUACUCCAACCACUCAAAGUUGAAGAACAGUCUCUAGACCCGAUGAUUGUGGUUCUGCACGAUCUCCUAACCGAACGUCAAACUGAAAUUCUUCGAGAGCUAGGAGAGCCAAAGCUUGCUACAUCUCUCCAUCGAGGAGGAGAGGGCAAAUUCGUUCGCAGCAUGAUUCGCACCAGCAAAAAUGCAUGGCUUCAAGAACACGAAAACGCUUCUUUGACUACUAUGCGACGACGAAUGGAAAUAGCCACAGGCCUGAUUUACGGCCCUGAAACUGCGUCGGAAUAUUUUCAGAUUGCCAAUUACGGCAUCGGUGGCUUGUACAAGACACACACGGACAAUGUCAUUCACCCGGAUGUCAGGCCGGAAGAUCAGGACCCUUGGAACUUGUACGUUGGAGACAGAAUUGCUACCUUAAUGGUCUACCUGACGGAUGUGGAAGCCGGCGGGGCGACCGUAUUUCCCAGAGCCGGUGUCACUUGUUGGCCUCGCAAGGGCAGCGCAGCUUUCUGGUGGAACUUGUACAAAAGUGGUGAAGCUGAUCUAACUACGCGUCAUGGCGCUUGCCCUGUUUUACAUGGCAGUAAAUGGGUGUCCAACAAGUGGAUUCGUCAAUACGAUCAAAUGUUGGUUGCCAAAUGUGGCUUGCACCCUCUGGAAAAGUUUAAUUCUCUAUUAGUAUAAAGACUUUGAUGAUCAAUAGAGGGUCACGACGAGGCUUUAUUUUUCUCAAUUUUUUUCGGUGAAUGUUCGGUAAACUUUUAUACUUGUAUUUCGAUUCUCAUUACUAUAGCUCCAAUAUUUAAGUGAAGUUUUGAUUUGAAGGAAAAUUUAUGACGGUAAUUCCUGGCAGGAAAUAAACAGGAUAUUCGAUGUGCUGUAAUCACUAUAUGUAAAUAUUAUGUAAAUUGUU